UUAUUCUUUUUGCGAUUCCAGACGACCUACUUCAUUAACAGCUGCAACCAAAAACCAUUUCAUCGAAAAAAUAAUAUCGUAAUACUAAUUGGCAGAGAGUAACGAUGAUUACUUUAAUAAAUUGAAAAUUUUAAACAAUUAUUCCCAGAAGCACAAACUGGCACAUAAAGAAAUAAAUUAAGUUUAAAAAAUGGAACUUGAAAGACGGUUUUGGGUUGUCAAUACAGCUGGGCAAGCAAACUUAAAAUAGUCCAUCAAUAUAUCUAGGAAGCUCAACCACAGAGUCAAUAUCUAUUCUGUGGCUCAACUUAAGGUUAUAUUCGGAGUUAAGUAUUAUUUGGAGAUAAUAGAGAUACAAUAGCUAUUAUGAAGAGUGAUACAUAUGAAACAAGGCUAGCAUGUUUGUGUGAAAUAUACCAUAUGUCAAUUCCUACUAUGUCUAGUAUUGUGGAACCAUAAAGCAGUGAUGUAUUAAAGUCUUAACCAACAAUUUCUGAGAUCACGUAGAACAGUAUCAACAAUACAGAAGCCAAAAUCAUCGUCAGUUUGUUUUGUGAUGUUCAUAAAAGUUGCUUCAUCGGCAAAAAGAGGGGGCGUGGUUACGGGAAAAUAUUUCAGCACAUGAAACAAAUUGCUUGUCAACAAAGUCGAAAUGUUGGCUUGCCUUUUAAGAAAGGGUGAUAAGAACAGCCACUUUUAGGAGUGGCAACGAAGCAGUUUUGCGCAGCUGAGAAUAGAUUUUCGACAAGCUUGAAAAAAACAAAUACAACAUUCAAGGAGGUAGACCGAAAAUACACUGACAGUUAUGUAGAGUUUAUACGUUGUAGUGCGGUGAAGACUUAAUGGUCUUUCGUUUUGGAACAAAUGAUGUGACAUAUGUAUGACAUCGGUUCUCAUUCUGUGAAGACUUGAUGGUCUUUCGUUUUGGAACAAAUGAUGUGACAUAUGUAUGACAUCGGUUCUUAUUCUAAACAACACAAAAAAACUACAAAUGCAUAGAGCGCCCUGAAGAGGCUUCUAAAGGGGGCAAUUUGAGUCUGCAUGACAACGAACGACAUCCAGGAAACCUGGUUGACCUUGUCAUAUCAGGGAAUACAGUAGCUAGCAAAACGAAAAUAUCAUGAUAUCAUUUCGUGACAUAAAUUGAUGGGUAAAGCUUUUGCAUCAAGAACAAGGAAGGGCACGAUAGCAAGAGACAGAGGCAUUUAACACGAAUGUAACACAUACUCACAAACAGGCGAACAACAAUCCUUCUUACAUUUCCCAAAUGUUUCAAACUGCUUAACUAGCUUUUGUCAGACAGGUCAUCUGGGAGGUUUGUGAAGAUGUUUAACAAACAACCUUGCAUAUACUACAGAUUUAUACAAGGGAAGUUUAUAUAUUCAAGGGCGUAGCUAACGGGGAUGUGACAGAAGAUCCUUACUUGGUCGUUGAUAUCGCGAAAACGACCAUGCAAAGGAAACGGCAUGCUUCGAAUCAGCGUUAAAAAGAAUGUUUUCGUUUGCCUGGUUGUCGCAAUAAUCUUCAUUAUAUCACUGUACCAAUACUGCGAGAGCCACCCGAACCAGUGUUUUUAUUUUGAAGAAGACACUCCAAGUAGAAUAGCAAUUGUUGCAAACUAUUUGGAGCAGAAUGAAAGCGCCUUGCUCUCUGGUCAUGUGAAAUGGUUGUCAAAGGAAGUGUUCACCACUCCCAAACCUAUAGAUACCUUGCAAGAGUUAUUGCAAAGAAAUGGGCGGACGAAAGAAGGCAAAAAAAAUGAUGCAAAUAACCCUGAGCUAAAACGGUUUGAGCGGGUUGACAUGGAAGAAGUACUUGAUGAAGAGAAGGAGCGAGAGGAGAUAAAAUUACUUGGCCUUGAUGCCGGUACUGAUAACAAAACACUGGGAUACAAGGAAGGAGACUUUCUCGUACGAGAGCAAAGGAAAUAUGGCAAUGAAACGGGACAGGAACUCAGCCAAAAGAAACAUUUGAUGGAUCUGUUUAACACUACGUUAGGUCUUGGAAGAUACGAGAGGGUUGAUAAAACAAUACUUGAUCCAGGAUCUCUUACCAAAGCUGAAUUAGCAGAAUUUUACAAUAAAACAUUGAAUUCAUCAGCAACAUUUAUCUUUAACAUUGAAAGGCUAGAUAACUUGACCCAUUCUGAACAUGAGUCAAACAGGGUACAGAAUGGCACAAAAGAGGGAAAACCAGGUGAUACUAAAAAAGUGCUGGGGCAACAUAUUUAUAGAAAAAAUGAAAUUAAGGGAACAGUGGAAUCAACAAUCAAUAGUAAACAGAAUGGUAUUAAAUUGGAAGGUAACCAGCUAACCAGUAGAAGUAAGGUGUCAACAAAAUACAUUACAGUUAAGAAUACAAGUAAAACUGUAAAACAAAAUUCUACAAUAACAUUAGCUUCAAGGGCUGACAAUAACAGUCAAUAUUUAGAGAACAUUGAUACUGAAAAUCAUUCUUCAGGCUCAGGAGAGGAAACUGAAACAAGUGGAAAAGGUUUCAGUGAGCAGGAUAGUUCCCAAAAUUCAGUGCAACAGUUUGCAAAUCGCCACAGGACAAUAGAAAGUAAAGCAAAAACUAGUUUUAACAGAGUGCUUGACUAUGGAAGCACAGGACAGUAUGAAAGUGUGAAAAGGUAUGGCAAAGUGGACUUGCCAAAAACUAAGAAAAGUGUCCUUAAAGGAGAUGCAGUUAUUGACUAUAUUGAUGAAAAAAAUUACACAGUAAGAAAUGUCCUGCCAAAAAACAUAACUGGAAGCUCUGCAUUGCUUAAUGAUGAAGGCAAAAUAAAGAGUUCUAUAUUGCAGGGAAAUGAAAAUUUAGACCUACAAAACAAAAAAUCUGAUUAUGAGCAGAUAAUUGGAGAUGACUUAGACGAAGAAGGCAGUGCUACUGCAAAUGAAGAUGAAAACAAAAUACAGAAUAAAUCAGAUUCUUUUUUGAAAAAUGCUAAAAAUUCCAAAGCAUUGAGUAGCUUGAAUGCAAGUGUGUCAGACUUGCUUGAUAAGACUGACAUUUAUGAAGAAAGAAAAGAUACAAACAAACAAGUGAUUGGAAAUAAAAAGAGUAGUAAUAUGUCAUCAGUUAUGAGCAGCACCAGUUAUGCAAGCAGUAAAGAAAGGACAAAUAACAACAUAGAUUUGAAAGAUAUAGAAAUGCAAGGUACAGCUGAAACUAUAAAAUUAUCAAAGCGUCAGGACAUUGGAUAUAAAACAAUAAAAUUGAACUAUACACAAAAGGCAAUUUCUUCAAUUUCAAGUAAAAAUAACACACUUAGCCAGGAUCUGGACAAGCAUAACCAAACAAGGAUCAGCAUCAGAAAGGGAUCCAACAAGAGAAAGAAAAAGAGGAAUGGGUUAUUAUUUUUUAACAAAGUAUCAUGCAAGUCUUUAGACCCAAAAUUGGUUCUUUAUAAUCGAAUCUUCAAAACGGCAAGCACAAGUAUAAACAAAUACUUACUGGAAGAAAGGAAAAGAGGUUACCUCAGAAUAAUGAUCGGAACGACCGAAGACUGGUACAAAACAGGAGACAGUUUUCCGUACCCUGAUAUCAUUGAAAAAUAUGCCUCAAAAUCUAUGGUUCGUAGAGUCUACUCUGGGCAUUUCUAUUUCCGUCCAAAUAUGAAAAUCAAACGAUCAUAUACUUACAUUAACCAAGUGAGAGAGCCAUUUCAGCGGAUUGUUUCCCAUUAUCAUUACAUGCGUUAUUCAAAAGAUAGGCCCAAAAAUCGGAUUCGAGAGAUGAUGGAAACUGGAGAAUUCAAUGAGACACUAUCUGAAUGCUUCGAAAAACAGCACAGAGGUUGUGAAAACAACGUCAUGACUCGAUUCUUUUGCGGUGAAGAAGCUCUGUGUGAAAAUGGAACAGCAAAAGCUGUUGAACUGGCAAAAUAUAACAUGAAGCACUUCUAUGCCGCCAUUGGCCUAACUGAACAUUUUAACCUCUACUUGAAACUUCUCAGAAAGAGGCUUCCGAAAUAUUUCCGACUUUCUCAAUUUGUCCCGCACGAAAAACCUGGUGUAUAUGACGGAGCUACGGCGCGCAAAGUUCCGUCUAAAUUAAAAGAGAGAAUUAAAAAGGCCAACGCUGCAGAUUAUGAAAUCUACCAGUAUGCCAGAACACUUUUCUAUGGACAACUCAAAGCUUGUGGCAUAGACGAGACAACAUUGUAGAGAUGUACUCUCAUUUUCCAUACAAUUGUCCUUUCACAAAAAACAUGUUGCAGGCGAUACCUGCCUAUUGUUUACGCUAAGAGAAAUUUCAACAUAGAGAGACAGGAACUUUUAUUGCCAGAGUUGAAAUCUGGGAGUCCCUUUGACGAUCAUGAAAUCUUAGGUGAAAAUGGUAGGCGAUUUGAGCAUAGAAGAUAGAUCAUCCGAACCGUCAAAACUCAAGGCUGGACCUUUGGUGCAUCCGGAAACAUUAUAAAGUGUCAUUUGUCUUUGAUCAUUUAGUCAAGUUGUUGAAUUAUAUGAAAUUUUAACAAUCUCAAAUCAAACUUAAGAUGCACAAAAUUUGCUCUGAGAUUACGGAGUUGCAAAAACCUGCAAUUAUUUCUCAUUUCAAUUAUCAAAACUGAAACAGGCAACCAUCAGAUCAUUGCUAGGUUGGAAUCACCAGAACCAUCAGAUGGACUGCGGAGUCAAGCUCGCUUUCCCUUAUUUUCAUCAAAUUCACUGAGCCCCCAUUAGAUAUUUUUAUAAGAACCAGACAGUUUUUGCAAAGUUUCAAUGUUGUUAUUUUUCGGAUAAUUGGAGGCUCCAAAAUUCUAAGCAAUGUAGUUAUUUCAACCUUAAAAUUUCUUUAAUUGCAUGUUCAAAUUGUUUCUAAAUCCACUACAAAACCGUUUCGCAUUGCUUUUUUAGAUGCAAGGUUGACUAGCUGAUAAUAUUUGCUUUUUUCUGUUGUUACAAGCACCUC